CCGGUAUAUAUUUCUUCUAUGGUAGUUUCCUUCUAGAAGCGAAGAGAUCAAAGUGAGAUUGGACUCGUCUCCAGAUUUUUUAUCUGGUUUUGAGUUUUGACAUUAAUUGUCAAGUUUGUGUUCAUAAGAAACUAAUUGCACACAAUAUGCCUAGGCGAGGCAGGUCAGCAUCACCUCCACCAGCACCUAGGAGGCACGUGAGCAGCGUGCCGGCCCGCCCUGCGGCCACGCAUGCCCCGGUACAGCAGCAUGCCCCCCCACCCUCCUCCCCAGCCGUGGUCGGACAGCAGCCGUCCAUGUUCAAGCAGAUGGCUGCGACCGCAGGCGGCGUCGCAGUGGGCUCCGCAGUGGGUCACGUCGUGGGCCACGGCAUGACGGGCAUGUUCAGUGGGGGCGGCUCCCAGGAGGCCGCAGAGGCACCGCAGUCCUACGCAGCCCCGGCCCAGUCCAACUACGGGGCUCGCCCGGAGCCGACCGGGCCCUGUGCCUACGAGAUACAGCAGUUCCUCCACUGUGCCGACACCCAGUCUGACCUCUCUCUCUGCCAGGGCUUCAACGAGGCUCUACGCCAGUGCAAGACUAGCAACAAUCUUCAGGUGUGAGAGGGCAGAAGUGGAAAUAGUAGACAACUUUUGGUAGCCCCAGUCAUCCAAUGUUCAGAUAUUCUGUAGCAGUAAAAUUAUUUAUGUGUAUGUCAUGCAGUCCAAGCUGCAAGUUUGCUACAAACAACUGAGCAUGUAAAAAAAAGUGUUUACUGUAGGAAGAAUGGGUCUUAAAAUUAUAUGAAGAAAAAGAUAGCCUUAGUCUCAUCUUAAAGUCCUGUCAUGUACUACAUCUUACUAAAUGGCAUACAUUUUUGAGUUAUCAUGUACUUGUAUGUUUGUUAAUCAGUUUUGUUGAAAAAAUAUAUUAAUUAAAAUGUGCAAAUUUU